AUGGCAGCCCGUGGUCAAACACUGCGGGAUCGCCAAAUAGCCUCAAUUGAGCGCAUACUAAGCCUGAAUCAUGACGAGGUAUUGGAGGCUGCGAAUGGCACGACAGACACCAAGAACCUCUCUGCGGCCUCUCUUCUGAACGAGAAUGGCGAACCUAUAUGGAAAGUCCUUGUCUUUGACAACCUUGGAAGAGAUGUCAUAAGCAGUGUCCUCAGAGUCAACGACUUACGGAGCAAAGGCGUCACAAUCCAUCUAAACAUAAACUCCCCUCGGUACCCUAUUCCAGACGUUCCUGUCCUUUACCUGGUUGAACCUACUGCUGUGAACAUCCAAUUGAUAUGUUCCGACCUCGCACGAGGGCUGUACAGCCCUGCCUAUGUCAACUUCCUUUCUUCUAUCCCGCGACCACUUCUCGAAGACUUCGCCGCUCAGAUAUCCUCAACAAACACGGCGGAUGCUAUUGCGCAGGUAUAUGAUCAAUACCUCAAUUUCAUUGUCGCGGAGCCCGACUUGUUCAGUUUGGGCAUGGGAAAAGAGUCCUACUGGACAUUUAACAGCGCAAAAGCAGAAGCAGACAUUCAAGAUGCGGCAAUAGACAGAAUAGUAAGCGGACUGUUCAGUGUCAGUGUGACCAUGGGGUCAGUGCCUAUCAUAAGAUGUCCACAAUCGGAGUUGGCAAAAAUGAUAGCGAGCAAGCUAGAUCGGAAGCUCAGAGAUCACGUCCUCAAUUCCAAGGACAAUCUUUUCUCCUCCAAAGCCGCAGGAAAUGUAUACUCGACCCCUUCGAGGCCAGUCCUAAUCAUACUAGACAGGAAUGUUGAUCUCGUCCCUAUGUUGUCGCAUUCUUGGACAUAUCAAUCUCUGGUGCAUGAUGUACUGAAGAUGCAUCUCAACCGUAUAACGGUUGACGUUGCAGAGGAAGGUACCGCGGCCCCGAAAACGAAAGCUUACGACUUGAAUGCAAGCGAUUUUUUCUGGGCACGAAAUGCGAGUGCACCUUUCCCACAAGUGGCAGAAGACAUAGACUCAGAGCUUACGAAGUACAAGACGGAUGCUGAGGAGGUUACAAAGAAGACGGGUGUCAACAGUAUCGAAGAUCUAAACGACAGUUCAGCAUCUGCCGCUCAUCUGAAAGCUGCGAUAACACUACUACCGGAGUUGAGAGAGCGGAAAGCCACGCUGGAUAUGCAUAUGAAUAUUGCAACUGCUCUUUUGAAGGGUAUCAAAGAUCGACAGCUGGACAAUUUUUUCCAGCUCGAGGAAAACAUCACCAAACAGACUGCAGAGCAGAUGCUGGCACUAAUAAAGUCUGAGGACAAAGGCAACAAUCCUCUCGACAAACUACGAAUCUUCAUUAUCUGGUAUCUAAGUGUCGACAAAGAACCGACCAAGUCGGAACUGUCGGAAUUUGAGAGCGCCUUGACAGCUGCUGGAGUAGGCGAUGCAGUGGUCGCGAUCAAGCACAUAUCGAAUGUCAGACUCGAGACAAGAGGCACCAUGAUGGCCUCUACCGUUACAACGUCUCAGCCUUCUCAGGCCCCGCUGUUUGGUGGCCUUUCCUCUUUAUCCAAAAACUUCACAGAUAAGCUUUCUUCUUCGGCAUUGGGCAACGUCAACCUGGACGCUCUCGUAUCGGGCGUGAAGAAUUUCCUCCCUGCAAAUAAGGAUUUGACAGUCACCAAGAUCGUCGAGUCUAUAAUGGACCCGCCAGCCGCUUCGUCCUCUGCGAUCGCCAAAACUGAAAACUACCUCUAUUUCGACCCUCGGAGUGCCCAUGCCCGAGGCACGACUGGCGGCUCAGCUCCAGCAUCUCGUGGUGGUCAAGGUGCAGGAGGCGUCAACCCGAGUUUUGGUCAGAGAAGGCAAGGCUAUUCAGAGGCUAUUGUGUUCACCGUCGGAGGAGGGAGCAUGGACGAAUACGGUAACCUGCAGGAGUGGGUAAAGAGGACUUCUGGCCAGAACGCUGCUGGUGGUAGCGUCGGCUCGGCUCCGCGGACAAGAAGGGUCAUCUAUGGCAGCACUGAACUCGUCAAUGGCGAGGACUUUCUGCAAGAGCUUGUCAGAUUAGGACAAGAUGGGUGA